AUGCCUGCUGCGACCGAAUCUUUCCCACAGCUGCUAUCUACAGCAAAGCAGGAUAAAUUAACCCCUCUCAAUGCUCCAAGCAGUAUUGAUAAACCGAGGGUACGACGACGCUCUAGUGGGCUAGGUGGUGAGAUUCGAGCUGGAGAUACAGGUGCGCCGGCUUUUGCUACAGUCGAUGUUAGACCACCUUCACCUGGGACAAUCAAGGCCCAGGCGGAUAGAGAUCGAAAGAAACCAUAUUCGAAAAGGCGGAAAGCAAAGACACUUUUGCAGCAAUACAAGAGAUAUGCUCUGAAGCAUACUUGGGUUACACCACUAUCCCUUGUCGCAGCUGUUCUCUCCUUAUAUGCCAUCAAUCCGUCGAAAUCGAACCCCCUCCACUACUUCAUAUUCCCUGCGUAUGAGCUUCCUGCAGAAGAAGGCGCUGCACCAGGAACACCGGUUCAAUAUGGCAAAGGACCCUGGGAUUUUGCUCUGGUAGCUUUCUACAUUGUAGUUCUAUCCUUCACUCGAGAAUUCAUCAUGCAGAAAUUCCUCCGACCAUUGGCUCGCAAGAGUGGAUUGAAGAGCAGGGCAAAACAAUCGAGAUUCAUGGAACAAAUGUAUACUGCUAUAUACUUUGGUUUUCUCGGUCCUUGUGGUUUAUACGUCAUGAGUCGGACACCGGUCUGGUAUUUCAACACACGCGGGAUGUACGAAGGGUUCCCGCACAAAACACAUGAGGGCAUGUUUAAGUUCUAUUACCUGUUCCAGGCCGCAUACUGGGCGCAGCAGGCUCUAGUUUUAAGUUUGGGUUUGGAGAAACCUAGGAAGGAUUAUAGAGAGUUGGUGGGACAUCAUAUUGUGUCGUUGUUCCUUAUUGGGUUAAGCUACCGUUUUCAUUUCACAUAUAUGGGAUUGGCUGUUUAUGUCACUCAUGAUAUCAGUGAUUUCUUCCUCGCUACAUCCAAAACUCUCAAUUAUCUAGAUCACCCUCUAGUAGGACCCUACUUUGCAUUCUUUAUCGCCACCUGGGUAUACCUCCGCCAUUACCUCAACCUCCGAAUUCUCUACUCAGAAUUCAACGAAUUCAAAACCGUUGGACCUUAUGAAUUGAACUGGCAGACAGAACAAUACAAGUGUCAACUUUCACACGUCAUUUCUACCACUCUCCUCGCAAGCUUGCAAGCUCUCAAUCUCUUCUGGUUAUUCUAUAUCUUACGUAUCGCAUACCGAUUUGUCUUUAUGAGUAUAGUUGAGGAUGACAGAAGUGACAAUGAUGAGAAUGAGUUGGCGGAAGAACAGAGAUUGGAUGCGUUGACUAGACAGGGUGGGGAUGCUGUGGCUGUCAAGGCGGCUUUAUCAGAGAGUCCACAGCCAAAAAUUGUAUUGAAUGGAAAUUCGAUCAAAGGAAAGAGUUCGGGGGCGGAAUCGAAAACGAACAAGGUUACGAAUAGGAAGGAAAAUAUCAAGACCAUGGCAGAGGAAGUACGGUGGAUGAUUGGAGAGAAGUCAGAAGGACAUGGGUAUGCGCAUCCGCAAGAGUUCUUAUCCUGA